AUGACCAAAGUCCCAAGCCAGUACAGUAUCCCUAAGCUGGGGAAGCUGGUGAAGAAAGUUCGCCGAAAUUGCCAUGGAUGCAAAAGAUUUCAGGCGAUGGCAUACGCUGCUCCACCACCCGGAUGCCUUCCAACCACCCGUACCGAAGGUGUUAACACAUUUCAAGUGGUGGGGUCGACUACGCUGGUCCAUUGCGAUAUCGCAUAUCGAGACAACGACAAGGAAAGGCGUACGUUUUUUUAUAGGCAUGCAGCCUUACGAGGGGGGGUCUACCGGGACCUCUUGCCAAGUUUGGAAACAGAAGAGUGCUUGAGAAGUUUGAAGAAGUUCAACGGGAGGCGAGGGAGACUAAAGCGAAUCUAUUCCGAGAAUGGGAGAACAUUCGUUGGUGCUGCUAAGUGGGUCCGGACUGUGAUGAGAGAUGAGCGACUCCAGAAUUACUUGUCGGCCCAUCAGAUCAAGUGGCAGUUUAACCUAAGCCGCGCCCCAUGGUGGAGCGGUCAGUUUGAGAGAAUCAUAGGUCUAGUGAAGUCAGCUCUACACAAGUCGAUAGGAAAUGGGAUGUUGAGCUGGAAAUCGUUACAAGAGGUGUUAUCAGACGUGGAGACCAUACUUAAUAACCGACAGUUAAGUUAUCUUGAAGAUGAUCCUCAGUUACCUGUCCUGACGCCAAGCUCUAUGCUGUUCGUGAAUAGCAAUGUGCUGCCAGAGUUGCAAUCCAACCGUGUUGAAAGGGCUGACCUUCGCAAACGAGCCAAGCACUUGCUUAAGUACAAGGAAGCUGUGUGGUGA